GGGGAGGGGCGGAGGUGGGGUGCUAGCUCUGAAUGGCCAUAAGGUCACGCUCCUCCCCUCCACCUCACUUGCCAAUAGGAGCCGGGUCCGCUGUGCACAUGCGCAGGAUCCUAACGUACCCUCCAUCACGGCUGUUGGUCUCUUUUGUUGGCUACAAGAAGACACCCAGUACAACAAUGCCAUCCCCACUGGGCCCCCCACGCCUGCCCUCUGUGGACCCUGUGGCCACUCUGGAGGAGCCCGAGGCAGCACGCCUGCGUUUCCGGGGAUUCUGCUACCAGGAGGUGGCAGGUCCCCGAGAGGCCCUGGCGCGGCUGCGAGAACUGUGCCGCCAGUGGCUGCGGCCGGAGGCAUGCUCCAAGGAGCAGAUGCUGGAGCUGCUGGUGCUGGAGCAGUUCCUGGGCACGCUGCCCCCUGAGAUCCAGGCCUGGGUGCGGGGCCAGCGGCCAGGCAGCCCUGAGGAGGCUGUAGCCCUGGUCGAGGGCCUACAGAAUAACCCUGGGCAGCUGCUGGGCUGGAUCACAGCCCAUGUCCUGAAGCAAGUGGUGCUCCCAGCGGCACAGAAGAUAGAGGAGUCCUUGGGGAGACCCCAGCCUUCAGGGACAGUGGAACUUCUCAGGGCAACCUCUGGGGAGGAGCCACAGGACACCCAGAUGGAGGGGUCUCCCCAGCUCAGCUGCAGUGUGAAGGAGGAGCCUGAUGCUGAUGGGCAGGAGAUGGCACCUUCCAGCCCCCCACAUCCAUCCCAGUCCCGCGAGGGGUACCCAGGACACCGGGAACCAGCCGCCACCUCCUUCCACCCACCCAGGAUUCAGGAGGAGUGGGGGCUACUGGACCGGUCACAGAAGGAACUGUACUGGGACGCGAUGCUGGAGAAGUAUGGCACGGUGGUCUCCCUGGGGUUACCGGCCCCCUUGCCAGAGGCACGGGUUGAGUCGGAGCCAGGGGUACUGCGCUCGGGGACAGAGGGUCAAAGAAGCCUCCACCCGGGUGAGUGCUUCUCCAUGCGAUCUGAACCGCCUGUUGCCUGGUGGAGUGGGAGCUUGUCUGCCCCCACACACCUGGUGGGAGGGAUGGGAAUAUCAAGGAUGCUGGGCUACCUGGGACUGCCAACUCUCCUUCCCCAGGAGAUGAGAGUGAGAGUCACUGUGAGGGUCCACCCCGCUGCCCAGAGGCCCAGCCACCCCAGGGCCCCAGGCCUGUCACCUGGGAGGGCCCAUCUGGGGCCUCCGUCUCCACCAGGGCUACACCGGGAGCAGGGCUGGAGGCCGGCGCCCCGCGGAGGAAGCCUUACACCUGUGAGCUGUGUGGCCGAGGCUUUGAUUGGAAAUCGGUGUUUGUCAUCCACCACCGGACGCAUGCGGAUGGGCAGGCCACGCGGGCCCCGGUGCUGGCUGUUGGGGGUGCUCAGAAGCUGCCACCAGGUUCCCGGGAGCCGGGCACACCACGCCAUCCCCGGCGUGCACUCCCAGGCCCCCGGAGCUAUGCGUGUGAGGAAUGUGGGCGCAGCUUCAGCUGGAAGUCUCAAUUGGUCAUCCACCGCAAGAGCCACGCAGGCCAGCGGCGCCACUUCUGUGGCGACUGUGGCCGCAGCUUCGACUGGAAGUCCCAGCUGGUCAUCCACAGGAAGAGCCACCGGCCGGAGGCCCCAUGAGUGGCUCCAGAAGGCAGCCUCGUCUUGGGAGCCUUGCAGCCUCCAGGUCCUGGACACAGUUCCUGGCAAUCUGGUUCCAGCCUUCCUUGGGCUGCUUGGUCUCUGUGUGAGACAUGUGGAGGCAACAGAGGACAUUCGUGAAUCAGAGUUCCCAGGAGAGUCCCCUGACCCCAGUUCAGUCUCCCCAAAACAGCCACCUGGGUGUAAGUAAAAGAAGCCACUGCUCCCUCAAUAGCCUAGCGAGGCCUGGGCUGCAAUAAACUGCCUAAGCUGAGUGACUUCCAAGCUCCGAGGUCCCCAGCUGUGACCUGAUGCAGAUGGACAGGUUAAGGACUCUCCUUACCCCUGGGACCUUGUUGGCCCCAGGUGGCUGAUCAAAAACUGCCCUUUCUACCCCUUCUGAAGCUGCUGGGCCUGAUGUCUUGGUGUAGACAGUCCAGAAAGCUCAGGAAAGCAUGCCUUGCUUUGUUUGCAGACAGGUGGAAAACUCAUGGCCCUCUAUAUUUUAGAUUUGUAACAAGUUGCAUUUUUAUAAUGGGAAGUUUCUACAUAAGAAUCCUGAUCUCUGCUUUCUUGCUGGCCAUAAUAUCAGCAAUGGCACUUCUCCUGCCUGGCAGCUGGAGCCACAGAGCAGGCCGUACUCACCAGAAGGGCCAGCAGUCCUGGUAUCCUGCCCCACCUUGUUCCUGAGCCACCCACAUCACUCCCUGGCCUCCUUGUCCUUGUCCUUUGAGCCCUUGAGUCCCAGCUUGAGUGGACACUAAGGGGACCUCCUUUGCAAGUAUGGAUGGACAAGGAGGGUGGUCUCUGAGAAAAGGGUCCACAAACAGAUGUCCCAUAGGCCAUGUGAUUUUAAAGUAGUUGGUGUUCACUUAGAAAAAUUUGAAAUCUAUGAGGGCAAAGAUGAUGAAAAUGACCCCUAAUUCCACUGUCUGAUAGCAGUGCUUAUUCCAGGUGUUUGCAGGAGUGUUUUUGUUAAUGUUUAUUUAUAUUGAGAGAGAGCAAGUGAGCAGGGGAGGAGCAGAGAGAGGGAGAGAGCAGAUCCCAAGCAGGCUCUGCACUGUCCACGCAGAGCCUGAUUUGGGGCUCGAACUCAGGAACUGUGAAAUCAUGACCUGAGCCAAAAUCAAGAGUCUGAUGCUCAAGUGACUGAGUCACCUGGGCACUCCAAGGGUGUUUGAUAAAGCUUCUUGUGGAGAUACUGUGUAUGUCAUGCUUUUCUAACUCCCUCAUUUCCCUGUUAUUAAAAACAUGUUUUUUAAUGCGUGGGUGAAAAUUCCCCGUCUGUCCAGCACUAUCAUUUCUACCAAGCCCAGAUAUUUCAUUUUCUGCCUCAUGGUGUCCAAUACUGUGAUGCAUACUCCUGAGCAUACACUUUGGAUGCAACUCUGGUUAUUUUCUUUUGUUUGUUUGUUGUUGUUGUUUUCUCUUUGUUUUUUUUUUUUUUUUUUUAAGUAUGCCCAAUGUGGAGCUUGAACUAAUGACCCUGAGAUUAAGAGUUGUGCACUCUAGCAACUGAGACAGCUAGGCGCCCCAAUUCUGGUUAUUUCCUUAGAGUAAAUCUCUCAAAGUGGGAUUGUUGAGUUUUAGGAAACAUGGGAUUUUUGUUUCAUUUUGUUUUUCCCUUGAAACAACACUGGUUUCCUUUCUCCAAUUCCAAGUCCUCUCCUCCCCCCACAACACCAAGAAGUUCUCCAACAAAAAAUAUUUUUUAACUCUAAAUCAAUAAGAAAAUGACUAAAAACCUAUUAGAAAUGUGGAUAAAAGCUGUGAAUCAGUAAUUCACAUCAGAAAAAACUUGAUUGGACCAACAACCAGAAAAGACAUACAUACUCAGAAGUAAUCAGAGAAAUACCAGUGCUGAAAAGGCAGGGCCUGGCCUGCUGUGUUUAAUAACCUGCUCCUGGCAUUAUGCUUGGUAUUCGUAGCAUGGCCACUGUGAAUAAUUAAGAUACAAAUCUUAAAUAAUAUGAUGGGUUUCUCAGUCUUCAAAAUAGCAAAUAAGAACCCUGACAAUAACAAAUAUUGGUGAGGAAGCUCAGAACUGGAACCUGUAAAUAUGAUGAGCUAUCACUCUUGUCAUUGGGUUAAGUUGACCUUAAAAUACGGAAAUGAUUCCAGUAGGUGUGGCCUAAUCACAUGAACCCUUUUAAAGCAUGGAGUUUUCUCUGGCUGGUGGCAGAAAAGAGUCCAAAAGAGUUGAAGCAUGAGAAGAAUUUGAUAUGCAUUGCUGGCUUUGAAGAUAGGGGAACAACAUUGUGGCCUCUAGAAGGUAAGAACAACCCCUGGCUAAACAGCCAGCAAAGAAACAGAGACCUCAGUCCUACAACCACAAGGAACUGCAGUCUGCCAACAACCUGAAUGAGUUUGGAAGCAGAUAAUUCCCAGGUCCUCCAGGUAAAAGCCUAGCCCAGGCAACAUCUUGAUUUCAGCUUUGUGAUACUCUGAGCAGAGAACCCAGCCACUAUCUCCCAGACAUCUGACUUAGAGAACUGUGAGCUAAUGAAUGGAUGUUGUUUUAAGCCACCAAGUUUGUGGCAAUUUGUUAAACAGCAUAGAAAACUAAUACAAUAAUGUAUAAUUAAUGGGUUUAGUACUGUUCAUAGCCAAAGGUAGAAAAUGGGCCUGUAUCCAGUGAUGAAUGGAGCAUGGAGUGAAAUGGUGAUAGUGUUUUUCAAUAAAAUUUUUAAGACUAA